GCCGAGGCGACCGCAGCAGGCUGGUCCUCGCUCCCGUCCGACCUCGUCCGCCGCAUCGCCGACUGCUUCCUCAACACCAACGAUGUCGACUGGUACAUGGAUCUCCGUGCAGUCUGCCACAGCUGGCGCUCAGCCACCGACGACCCCAAGAAGAAUCCCAUCGACGGCCGCUUCCACCCGCGUGAGUGGAUCGUCCUCGACGGCGACGUGGUCUCCCAGAGCGACGGCACGCGAGUCUUUCUGAACAUCGGCACCGGCCGCUUCCUCCGCAAGAAGCUGCCGCGGCUCCGCCGCUACUACGUCGUCGCCAUUACUUUCGGCGGCUUCUUCGUCCUCGCCGACAGGAGCCCGCCUCACGCCGCUCGCGUCCUCAAUCCUUUCACCGGCGAACUGGUCCGUUACGCGGCACCUAUGCCCCGGGACGCGGGGGUUGCUGUUUUCUUCUUCUCCGGCGGCAUUCCGCACAACCUCACAUUGCUCUGCGACUCAUCUCGCAAGUACUACACGGCAGUUCCUGACAGCAAACGUUUCGACGCCCAAAGCCUCGACGAAUUCAUUUACAACUACAUGAGGAAGGCAGUGGUGGGUGGUGUCUACGCCAACGGCGGUGGAUGGGCGUCCGUGGCGUCCAGUAGCAUGUUGGACAAUCUGUGCGAACUGACGGAGAUGCUUCAGGUUGAGUUUGUCAAGUUUUUCUCGGGCGAUCCAUUUAGACACACCAGCAACAUCCGGUGUUUCUUGGUGGACUUUGGUGGACAAGCCAUGUUCAUCACCAAGGCGCCAGGGCGUGUUGGGGUUCUUGGGAUCGAACCUGAGAACCAAAAGCUCGUACCCAUGGAGACCAUCGGCAAGUAUGCCAUCUUCAUCGGCCAUCACAGGUGCAUGGUUGUUGAUGCUGGCAAGUUCCCGUCCGUGGAGGCAAACUGUGUCUACUACACUCUACAGAUUGGUCGAUUUGCUGGCAUCGUGAAGCACAACAUCAGUGACGGGACAGACGAGAGGGUCUCUGGUUCCCUUGAUUUCGUCGAGCAGAACAAGGAGUUUGUCCUUGAUACUGCCCGUCCUUUCACGAUCAUCCAGGUUCUCUGCAGCUAUACCCUCAACCUCAGGGGUUCUGAACUGGCCUGACAAGGGACGGCAUAAGGUGUCGCCAAAUCUUCUUCUGUCUUCGUGGAUAGUGAUUUCGGUGACCGACAAUGCUAUGCUUUUGUUUCGUUUUCACUUGUUCUGGCCAAGAAACAGGAUGGCUAAGGAGUCUAGGUUAGAUGGCCUGUGGUGGAACCACUGUAAGCUCUCUUAAU